UGUUUAUAUAAGUGAUAGGGGUAGGUGUAGGUUCAUGUAGGUUUUUUCAUAAAAAAUUGCGAAAAAAUCUGUAAAAACAUUGAUUAGGGAUAUGUGACGUUUUACCCUUGAGAUUGAGCAAGUAUUACAUUAUUUAUAUGAAGAAUAAUAUUGAUUCGCAUGUUUAUCAACUCUUAUCUAUUUUUAUGAAAGAUAAAAGAUAUUGUUUCAUUUAACAUUUAAAAUGGCUUUGCACUCAAGUAAAAAGUUAAUGACACAAGUAUUUUUAAAAAAUCAUCUUAUCAGAAACAGUAGUUUUGUACGUAUCGUUGAAGUGGGACCAAGAGAUGGACUUCAAAAUGAAUCUGUUAAAGUACCAGCUGAUGUUAAAGUUGAAUUUAUUGACCAAUUAUCCAGCACAGGACUUAAAACCAUAGAAGCGACCAGUUUUGUGAGUCCCAAAUGGGUACCGCAAAUGGGUGACAAUGCAGAGGUGUUUUCACGAAUUAAAAAAUCAAAAGACAUUACAUAUCCAGUACUUGUGCCAAAUGUUCAAGGACUUAAAUCAGCUAUACAAGUUGGUGUUAAAGAGGUAGCAGUGUUUGUGGCUGCUUCUGAAGGUUUUUCAAGAAAAAAUACAAAUUGUACAAUCCAAGAAAGUCUGAAUAGGACCAAAGAAGUGAUAGAACUAGCUAAAAAGAAUGAUAUUAAAGUAAGAGGAUACAUAUCAUGCGUUGUUGGUUGCCCUUAUGAUGGAAUGAUUGAACCAGCAGCCGUUGCAAAGCUCACAGAAUCUCUACUAAGCAUGGGUUGCUACGAAAUAUCUUUGGGAGACACCAUUGGAGUAGGGACACGAGAUUCAGUUAAUAAGAUGUUAAAAGAUGUGCUAGCUGUAGCAUCAGCUGAUACCUUAGCUAUCCAUUGUCAUGAUACAUAUGGCCAAGCAUUACUGAAUAUUUUCACAGCCUUGGAAAAUGGUAUAUCAGUGGUGGAUUCAUCAGUAGCUGGUCUAGGAGGAUGCCCAUAUGCCAGAGGAGCUACAGGCAAUGUUGCAACAGAAGAUGUUGUGUAUGCUUUAGGAGGAAUGGGAGUUUCUACAGGUGUUGAUUUAAAGAGGAUGAUUAAAGCUGGUAGAUAUAUAAGCGAUUUUAUCAAAAAACCACCAGCUUCACGAGUUAAUAAUGCUCUGUACUCCAAAUAUGGUCUGAACUGAUAACAGCAUCUGUUUGCUUGUGUCUGCUGAAUAUAUUUUACACUUUUUAUGUCGAAUAUACAUGUAAUCAAACAUUUUUAUAAAAUAAAUCAUUCCAUUUGUGUAACA